AUGAUGAGUGGACCGAUUUACGACAAGAAAAUUCCCGGUAUUUUAACUGACCUCCCGGGCUCUAUGAGUUGCCAUCCGACAUCCAAGGACUCCCCGACUCUCCCUGAGUCGUCAGCCACGGACAUGGGUUAUUACAGCGGGCAGACAGCCCACAGCCACCAUGAAUACUACCAGAGUCAACCCUAUGCUCAGUCUAUGAACUCCUAUCACCAAUUUAAUCUGAGUGGAAUGGGGACCACGGGGGCCUACCCGACGAAAACAGAAUACCCUUACGGCAACUCAUACCGACAGUAUGGACACUAUAACAGAGACUUGCAGACUCCACCUCAAACUGCAGUGAAGGAAGAGGAAGAAACAGAGGUUCGGAUGGUCAACGGCAAACCGAAGAAGAUCCGCAAGCCGAGGACCAUCUACUCCAGCUACCAGCUCGCGGCCCUACAGAGACGGUUCCAGAAGGCGCAGUAUCUCGCGCUGCCUGAGAGGGCGGAGUUGGCGGCGCAGCUCGGUCUGACUCAAACACAGGUAAAAAUUUGGUUCCAGAACCGGAGAUCCAAGUUCAAGAAGUUGUACAAGAACGGAGAAGUUCCUUUGGACCAUAGCCCAAAUGCCAGCGACUCCAUGGCCUGUAAUUCUCCGCCAUCCCCUGCCCUAUGGGACAAUAACGCUCACGCCAACCCGGUGGGCCGGGGACAAGUGCCGCAGCCUCCCCUCAGCUCGACGCCCCCCUACCUGGAAGAAUACAACAACCACUGGUACCAGCAGGGCACGCACUUACAGCACCCAGGAUCGGUGCAUCAUCAAGCCGCGCAACACAGCGUCGGGGCAGUGUACUAGCAGACUUACGCCGUAAGAUUUAUAGUUAAAGAAAGAGACUUUUAA